UGGUCGUAAGUCGUAACGUUUACAUGUUUUAUUCAACUCUUAAAAACCAAUAGAAAAUCUUAAUGUACUUGGCCUUCUUAUUCUUGUCGGCUUAAUGUACUUACUUAAAUACAACGACUUGAAUUGCAAUAAUUCGAUACACGAAGGAGAAGCCAACUUAGACUAAGUCAAGAAACACAUUGAAUCAUAAACGUGCGCGUUUCUCACACUUCUUCUCCUCUCCUUCCUCGUAAACACUCUCUUACUCACAUUCAUAUAUAUAACUAAACCUUGCAGAUUAACCAAAUCAACAAAAAAAAACAGACUUUUGAUAAAUUCACAACGAAGAAGAAGACCUAAAAGAUCGGGACUUGAAACUAUGAUCAAAUCAGAAGCAGAUCUCUCCGAUGUGAUCGUGAUUCGUGACGUUUGGGCUUAUAAUCUCGAGUCAGAGUUUGACCUAAUCAGAGGAAUCGUCGAAGAUUACCCAUUCAUCUCAAUGGAUACAGAAUUUCCCGGCGUGAUUUACAAGGCGGAUCUCGACGUUCUCCGCCGUGGAAACCCUAAUUAUCUCUACAAUCUUCUCAAAUCCAACGUUGACGCUUUAAGUUUGAUCCAAGUCGGUCUUACUCUCUCCGACGCCGACGGAAACCUCCCAGAUCUCGGCGGUCAAAAAAACCGUCGAUACAUCUGGGAAUUCAAUUUCCGUGACUUCGACGUGGAGCGUGAUCCACACGCUCCUGAUUCGAUCGAGCUACUCCGUCGUCACGGGAUCGAUUUCGAGCGGAACCGUCGCGAAGGUGUUGAAUCGGAGAGGUUCGCGGAGCUGAUGAUGUCAUCGGGGUUGAUCUGUAACGAGUCUGUGAGCUGGGUGACGUUUCACAGCGCGUAUGAUUUUGGUUACCUUGUGAAGAUUCUCACGCGCCGGCAGCUUCCGGUGGCGUUGCGUGAGUUUUUAGGGUUGCUUAGAGCUUUCUUCGGUGAUAGGGUUUAUGAUGUGAAACAUAUUAUGAGGUUUUGUGAGCAGAGAUUGUAUGGUGGUUUGGACCGGGUUGCUCGGUCUCUUGAAGUUAACCGGGCGGUUGGGAAAUGUCAUCAAGCCGGUUCGGAUAGUUUGCUGACGUGGCAGGCGUUUCAGAGGAUGAGGGAUUUGUAUUUCGUUGAGGAUGGGGCGGAGAAACACGCCGGAGUUUUGUAUGGUUUAGAGGUUUUUUGAGGGAUUUAUAAUUAAUUAAUUUAAUUAAUCUUUGUUAAUCAUUUAUACAGUCGAAAUCGAAAUUAUCUUAUUCAUCUCUCGUUUUAACCAAAUCCAAAAACCAAAACGAAAUAACUCAAUUUGGUUUU